GAAAACUUAGGCACCAGUUCAUUCUUCCCUGUGAUCCCCUGUCCCACCCGCCCCCACCCCCAAGUGAAGAGCCUAAAAUCCCGGCAAAUAUGGGCUGUCUGUGUCGAUUACCACAGGUGAAGAGGCCCCAGAGACAUUUUCUUACUGUAGGGCAUGUGUGUAUAUGUGUGUGUGUGUGGGUGGGGUGGGGGUGCUCUUUAAUUCUGUUGCUCGCUUGAGGAAGGAAGAGAAUCUGAACUUGACUUCCGUUCUCAGCCCGGAGUUUUAAAAAAAUAAUCGUUUAUUUAAUUCUGCUUCACCUUUUUGGAAGAAAGCCUAAAUAAUCUUAGGUAGUGCCUGAAUGCACCUUUUGGGGAGCACUUCAGGAAUAGUGAAGAUGUGACAGUAUUGCUGAUGUCACUACAAAAGUCGAGGUUUUUGUUGGAGGGUGCAAGCACUUUACUUACUUGGACAGUUCCUUUGAAUUCCUUUGGUCAGCCAGUUUUUCAAGGAAGGGAAUGUAGGUAGCUUAUAAUGGAAGGAGAUUAAGAUCUUUAUUUCUGGCUUUUUACUUGUAGCUUUCAGCUUUUGAAUCCAUUCAUUUCGUAGAUGGUCACCUUUUUAAACAGAGCACCUGCCGUUAGAAGAGCUCCAUAAUGAAGUGUUGCCUGUUAGAAACAGAACGGCAGGCCCCAUUGGUUCUGUCUCUGCAAUAUGGAAAUAGGAAGAUUUCCAAAUUUAUCGCAUAUGUGAAUUUUUGAUACUACAACAUUUGGCCAGACUGUCUUCUCUAUGUUCUUUUGUUUUCCUAGCUCUAAACUUCAUUUUGGUUUUGAUGUGACAGAGGGGAAGGAAGACAGACUCCUGGCUCAACCAUUUAGAACUUUGUCAUCUUGGAAAGAAGCCCCUUGUGCCACGCCCCUGAUCUGCAGCUUCGGGAGGCCGGUGGACCUGGAGAAGGACGACUACCAGAAGGUGCUGUGCAACAACGAGCACUGCCCCUACAGCACCUGGAUGCACCUGCAGUGCUUCUACGAGUGGGAGAGCAGCAUCCUGGUCCAGUUCAACUGCAUCGGCCGGGCUCGCAGCUGGAACGAGAAGCAGUGCCGCCAGAACAUGUGGACCAAGAAAGGCUACGACCUGGCCUUCCGCUUCUGCUCCUGCCGUUGUGGACAGGGCCACUUAAAGAAGGACACAGACUGGUACCAGGUGAAGCGGAUGCAGGAUGAGAAGAAGAAGAAGUCAGGGUCAGAGAAGAACACAGGGAGACCCCCUGGCGAGGCGGUGGAGGAAGCAAAGAAGUGCAGGCCCCCCAACAAGCCCCAGAAAGGCCUGAACCAUGACCUCCCCCGCCGGCAUUCCAUGGACCGCCAGAACUCCCAGGAGAAGGCCGUUGGCACUGGGGCCUACGGGGGCCGCUCCCCUUGUGGUUCCCCUGGCCAGUCCCCGCCAACUGGCUACUCCAUCCUCUCCCCUGCCCACUUCAGCGGCCCCCGCUCCUCCAGAUACCUUGGGGAAUUCUUAAAGAACGCCAUCCAUCUUGAGCCCCACAAAAAGGCCAUGGCUGGGGGCCACGUGUUCCGAAACGCCCACUUUGAUUACAGUUCGGCUGGUUUAUCCAUUCACCGGGGCAGCCACUUUGACACGCCCGUACAGUUCCUGCGGCGGCUGGACCUCUCGGAGCUCCUCACUCACAUCCCCAGGCAUAAGUUGAACACUUUCCACGUGCGGAUGGAAGACGAUGCCCAGAUGGGCCAGGGCGAGGAUCUGCGCAAGUUCAUUCUUGCGGCCCUCAGUGCCAGCCACAGAAAUGUUGUAAACUGUGCCCUGUGCCACCGGGCGCUCCCCGUGUUCGAACAGUUCCCACUGGUGGAUGGGACUCUGUUCUUAAGCCCAUCGAGACACGAUGAGAUCGAAUACGAUGUUCCUUGUCACCUUCAAGGGAGGCUCAUGCACCUGUAUGCUGUGUGCGUGGACUGCCUGGAAGGGGUUCACAAGAUCAUCUGCAUCAAGUGUAAGUCUCGAUGGGACGGCAGCUGGCACCAGCUGGGCACCAUGUACACCUACGACAUCCUGGCCGCCUCUCCAUGCUGUCAGGCGCGGCUGAACUGCAAGCACUGCGGGAAGCCCGUGAUCGACGUGCGGAUCGGGAUGCAGUACUUCUCCGAGUACAGCAACGUCCAGCAGUGUCCACACUGUGGGAACCUGGACUACCAUUUUGUGAAGCCAUUUUCCUCCUUUAAAGUUCUCGAAGCUUAUUGAUGAAAGCUUUGCUUUGGUAAUAGCUAUUUUGUUGAUAUUACUUUAUUACAUAUCUUUUCUAGGCAAACGUUCUGUGACGUUAACUUCUUUUCUAAUGUAAAGGAGGGCUCCUUUGUGUGUGUGCGCGCCCCACUAAAAUGGGGGUGCCCUUGCUCUCUCCUGACUCGGGAGGGUUUGUCUGUGGUCGUGACCAGAGCCCAGGGAGGGGUCCUCUGAGUUCCGGGUAUUGAUUCACCACCACAGAGAGUCUCUCAUGCAGCUCUCAAGGUGAGGAGGAGGGGCGGGUGAAUUUAGGAAAGGGAUUAUGUGGUUGUAAACUAAGAGCCUCGUGGGAGCUGGGAGCACACUCAUUACAAGGUAACUGUUUUAAAGACCUGCGUUUAGACCUUCUCUGGGCCUUGGGAAGAUGUGGCAUGUGAGAGUGAGUGUGUGCCCUGGAGUCAGUCCACCUUGGCUCUGUCUCUGCAGCGCACCUUGACGUGCGGUGCACACUUAUCAACGGAGUGUUUGGAGGUGAAUGCGAGUGCUUUUCCAUCGCUGUUGUGAUUUAAUAGUUUUCAUACUGAAAAUGAUGUCUAAAUUAUGAGACAUAUGAAAGCUACUGGUAUUGCAAGUAUUUUUAGGUAAGCUGACCUAAAACAGAGAAUAUACUAAAUGAGUUGGGGAAUGAUGCACGCCAAUUCAAGAGGGCAAAAGGCAGGAACUGUGGUGUGAAUUUGGUCCCAUUAGCCCCUAAGGAGAAUCCAUGAAUAACAUGGUUUGGGUGGCCCCGAUUCCGACAGGUUGCACUGUCGAAGUGCCAUUCACGUCAGACCCUUGUUACAGGUAAAUCUCACGGCCAGCUCUCACUGGGGAGUUUGAGAACCACCAUGGCCACACUUAACGUCCCCAAAUUUCAUAAGCUACCUUGUACCUGCUUAAUGCUGAGUUUCCAAAAUCAAAGAUUUGACCGUAGGAAGGAAAGGAAAAAAAUUACUUGUGAGAGUAUGAGGAAAAUAAUUUUAAUAUUUGUUUUAAGUGUAUUUCAUUUUGGAAAAUCACUGAUGUUAAAAUAGAUCAUUCAGAAGGUCUCUGUGAUACCUUACCAUUGGGGAGAAAAGAUCAUAAUUUAUACUUAACUCCUCAGAGCUUGGGCUUUCCAGAGUACAGUUUCUGUUCAUUAGCUCUGAGUGAUUUAAAUAGACAUACAUUCUACACCCUUAUAGAAUUGAAAUUGGAGUAUCAGUGCUCAAAAAGGAAUUUGAUAAUUUUAAAGAUGAUAUACAUACAUGCUAAAUGAAUGCUUAAAAUAAUCAUUAUUUUAUGGGAAGCCAGCUAUGGAGUUAUGUGAACAUUUAUGUUACUUACUUGGUUUAUACCAUUUUCCCCCCUCAGAAAAAUAGUUACUUUUCCUCCCAGAAGUGUUUAGGCAUUAAUGCAAGUUGAGCUUCAGUUCUACAUGAAAUAUUUGAUGUUUUGUUUGAAACAACACAGCCUUAAAAAGAACCAAUAUAGUAAUAUUCUUCAUCUUUCAGUUUGGCAUCUAGUUCGGUGUUUGAUCUGAAAAAUAUUUCACAGUAGGGGAAAUGCUCAAUGCCAGUAAGAAGCAGAGAACUGUUACUGGUCUGAUAGUACUUGAUGCAGCCGGGAGAGGUCUGUGGGCCGUGACCCUUGCACAAUUGUCUUUAAUAUGCAAGCUGUAAUUGUGAGUUCACUGUUUCCCUGUGGAUUCUCUGAUGUACUCAGUACGAAAGCUUUUCUUGUCUUCCGAGCACCAUUUGCAUUUUUCUUCUGAAUUUAAAAUGAAUAGUAAACUGUUUGUAAUGCUGUUCUUUUAACCCACCUACAUUUCUGUAGAGAAACCUGCUUGUAUUGUUGUUCUCAGGCUUCAAGUUUGUGUAUAGAUCGCACUCAGCAGGCUCCUCAUUCUAAAGUGGCUGUGAGUGUAGUGUCCGAUGCGUUCAUUAGUUUUCUCCUUUCAUUGUUUCCAAGUCCCUAAAAAAUAAGUAAGAUGAGGUUUCACUGUAAUUAGGUAAAAUUCGCUUUUGGCCUUUAUUUUGGUGAUAAGGUUAGGGUUCUGUUGAUGCUGCAUUAUGUGAAAGGAGAGGCAGAGGUAUCGUACCUAAGAAUAUCUUUGCCUGGAAGGCAAAGCAUUCUUUUAUGGAAUAUUUGGUUGAUUUGAGAAUAAAAUAUAAUUGAUUAUGCUAUAAUAUAAAGAAUAAAACUUGUUUCGGAAAUCUGCUGACUUUAAUAUUUUCCCCAUGCUUCCUCAAAGUACUUUGCUCUGCGUACCUUGAUGGAAAUUGGAAUAUGUCAAAAAAAGAUGAUUAUUUUUCUUGUGGUUUGAAUAUUAAGAGAUAUCAGUCACCUAAGAGAUCCAUUUUCUGGUUUUCUGAUGAAUAGUGUUCAAUAAUAUGAACUACUCAUAAGUGACUUAAAAUAUCAAAGCUAUUUUCUAUCUAUUCUUAUUUUAUCAUUUAUUUUUAAGAGUUAUAUACCUUGAACAAAUAAAAUCAUCUGCAUUGGUUUAGUGAGAAGACGCUUUCUGAUGGUCUCACCAACUUUCUUCAGGCCAACUCAGUUCUCCAUUGUCUUGUGGCGUCUGCCGCAGUUAAGGUCCUGGGUUUAUACCUUAGCAGAUGGACAUUGGCCACGGAGUUGGGAGUUGGGGCCAGUUGUCCCAUUCUACGUAAGAAGGAGCUUUCCUCAGUCUUGAUUUUGUAGUUUUUGUAAAAGAAGUUCAUUUUCAGAAUAAAAAGUAUUUUCCUAUCUGGGGCAAAUUAAUUCAUCAGAAAAGAAUAUUUUUAGGUGUUUAAAUCCUAAAACUAACAGACCACCAGAACUAACCUGCCGAAAUCUUUCACUUUGUCCUAUAAGACCAGUGCUUAACAUACAGACUGCUCUCCUGCGCCGGGGUCAGUGGCUGCCCUUCGCUCUCCCCUUAGUCUCACGGUGGCAGCUGUCCAGGAAUUUCAGCUGGAGGCUCGGGGGGCAGUGCCGGGAAAGGGCUCUUGUUCAGUGUUUCGGUUCCUCUGACUGGAUGCUGCCUAACCAGCUCGUCUCCGUGUCCUGUUGACUUUAGUAUUAUUCCAGGUCAUUGAAAGAAAACAUAAUAGAUGGGCAUUUUUAAAACCAGCUCAAACUAUGUCUUUGUCAGUAAAGAUUUCUUGUCAAGAUAUCUUGGAUUGCACUUUUGUGGAGAGAAGACAGUGUAAAUAGUUAAGGAAUGUUGAUAAAAUUGACACAUUUGGUUAUGGAAUUGUGUGUGAUGUUAGAAGGUUUCUGUUUGUGAACUGUAUGUAAUAAAAAUAAUAAAAUUUCAAAAACUAGCCUUGUACUUUCUCUUCAGUGUGGCAUUUUAUUUUAUGAACUUGGAGUUGUUGACAGGAAUCGUACUGGAGAAGACUCUGAGGUUUUGUUCACUAUUCAGGUAACCAUUUCAAAGUCGCUACUUCAGUUAAUAAAAACGAUGAACUU